AUGAUUUUGGACGUGGCAUUUGUCAAGUCUCUUUCACUCUGCGCAGAUUUUUCCAAAUUCCAAAGGCCCGGGUCAGAUUGCCUCCCGCUCCCCAGUGGCAUCGCCGGCGGUAGCAGUGUUAGCGACAGCAGGAAGCUGCCGGCCGCGCCAGCCCCGAGAUCGAGCAAGGAUGACGCCGCGCCGGCCGUCGCUACCGACAGCUCCCGCCUCGCGGCGUUCCUGGCCUCGACAUCGCUCGAGCCCAAGCCGCGCGCUCUGCAGCCGCCGGCGCAGGCCGCGCCUUCCUCAUCCCCUGCUGCCAUCGCGACCCGGAUCCCCGCUCGCGACCACGGCCACCACCAGCACUACUCCGACUUCUCCGACCCCGCCUCCCCAAGCGCCGCCGGAUCCGUCAACGGUGGCGGCGAGGUGCUGCUCCAGUGGGGCCAUAACAAGCGCUCGAGCGGCCGGCGCAACGCCACGUCCGCGAGCGGCUCCUCGCCGCAGCGCCGGGCCGGCGUCAAGAUCCAGCGCCACUCGCCCGGGCCCGCGCCCGCGCCCCCGAGCAGGCCGUCUGUGGCAGCCCCGCCUAAAUUAAUCCGGCUUAAGUGCGCUAACCCUCAUCAAAAUGACAAUUAG